AGCGCGCAUGCGCAGUAGGGCGGCGGUAAACACGAAAGCAGGAGAGUCCUGUAAACAGCGGAGAGAAACAAACUCAGACCAGUUGAGAUGUUACAGUGUCCGGACUCCGUUUGUAGCUCUGUGGGCAAAGGUGACAGCUUACAUCACCAAGUUUUAGCUGCGUUUCCCCUGUGUCCACUGACGGAGGAGGAUUUGACUCAGAAUCCACUGUUCUGCAAGCUUCUGGCCACUUUGUCUCAGCAUGUGGAUCACACCGGGCUCACUUUGCACUUAAGAAAAGAGCUGGAGAAGGCGGAGAAGGAGCUCCGGACACAGAAGUUGGGUUGGCUGCGUUUGGAGAGUCUCCACAGGCUCCUGAAGGAGAUGGUCCAGGAGCAUCGCUGCAGCCAGCAUCACUCCACUGUCUCAGCAGCAGAUGACAAGUUCUAUGAUACUCUGGAACAGUGUUUGAUAGUGGCUCGGUGUGCCAAGCAGUUAGACCCCAGCGAUACCGUCAACCAGGAUCAGUCCCUGAUUCUGGGGCUCUCUUCUGAGAAAGUGCUGAAUCAGAUGCCUCCAAAGCAGGAUGUGUGGCAGAUGAAACAGAGGUUGCCAACAGAAUUGCAAAAGCACCUGAAGAAGAAGCUGUUCAGCCUGCUUUCCUACUACCAACCUGAGUGGGAGAAUGAAAGUGAGGGGCUCAAAUGUGUGAAGCUGUCUAAGCUGCCAGCGCUCCUGGAGAGUGAACGUCACAGAGCGGAGAGUUUAACCGAGAGGAACAGAGAGAAUGGCACCGUAUUGCAGCGUCAAACUCAUUCCUACCUUUCUGAACUGCUUGAAUGCAUGCAGCUGCUACAGACCCUUGUCCUGGAUCUCCGACUGAAAGUGCAGAAGGACCUCGACAGGAAGAAGAUUGAGUACUUCGAGGCCAAAUGUGAAAUUGGCAUUCAGAAGAUUAGGGCAGAGAUGCUUGAGGUCCAGCUUGACACCUACACGAGAGACAAGAUCGCAGCUCAUCGGAAGAUAACGGAGAAGCUCAACACCGAACUGAAGGCGGCCCAGAUGGAGAAACAGUCGCUGGAGUCUAAACUGGCAUCUUUUGAGAUCUACGGCAGAGAGUUUGAAAUCCUGGCUGAAGAAUAUUCCAGACUGCAACAGGAGAUCGCCACCAAAUCCUGGGCACUGAAAGAAUUCACACCAUAGACAUUCACACCAUACAUGGCUGCGACAAAUAGGAGCAUUGCCGUGAGUCGCAAGCCUGGCUGCUCCAGCACAAGCUAAAACUGAUGUUGGGAAGUGAUGAACUUGAUCACUGAGUGUGUUUGAAUGCACUUAAUAAUCCGAAAACUGCAGAAAAUCAGAUUUUGUCAGUAAUCUGAUCCACAUGUUUACAUGCAUUCGAGUA